AUGAUUUUCUCUUCCUUUUCCUCCUCUUUCUUUUUCUUUCUUCCUCCUCCUCCUCUUCUGAUUUAUCAUCUCUCACCUAUUCUGAUCAACAAUUCCUAUGGCACAGCUCAGAUCGAUUCCUACGUCAUAACUCAGAUGAACGUCUCUUUCGUCAUAACUCAGAUCAACGAUUCUUACGUCAUAACACAGAUCAGUGAUUCCUACGUCAUAACACACAUGGACGCCUCUUUCGUCAUAACUCAGAUCAACGAUUCUUACGUCAUAACACAGAUCAGUGAUUCCUACGUCAUAACACAGAUGAACGUCUCUUUCGUCAUAACUCAGACCAAUGAUUCUUACGUCAUAGCACAGAUCAGUGAUUCCUACGUCAUAACACACAUGAACGCCUCUUUCGUCAUAACUCAGAUCAACGAUUCUUACGUCAUAACACAGAUCAGUGAUUCCUACGUCAUAACUCAGAUGAACGUCUCUUUCGUCAUAACUCAGACCAAUGAUUCUUACGUCAUAGCACAGAUCAGUGAUUCCUACGUCAUAACACACAUGAACGUCUCUUUCGUCAUAACUCAGAUCAACGAUUCUUACGUCAUAACACAGAUCAGUGAUUGCUACCUCAUAACUCAGAUGAACGUCUCUUUCGUCAUAACUCAGACCAAUGAUUCUUACGUCAUAGCAGAGAUCAGUGAUUCCUACGUCAUAACACACAUGAACGCCUCUUUCGUCAUAACUCAGAUCAACGAUUCUUACGUCAUAACACAGAUCAGUGAUUGCUACCUCAUAACUCAGAUGAACGUCUCUUUCAUCAUAACUCAGACCAAUGAUUCUUACGUCAUAGCACAAAUCAGUGAUUCCUACGUCAUAACACACAUGAACGCCUCUUUCGUCAUAACUCAGAACAACGAUUCUUACGUCAUAACACAGAUCAGUGAUUGCUACCUCAUAACUCAGAUGAACGUCUCUUUCGUCAUAACUCAGAUCAACGAUUCUUACGUCAUAACACAGAUCAGUGAUUGCUACCUCAUAACUCAGAUGAACGUCUCUUUCGUCAUAACUCAGACCAAUGAUUCUUACGUCAUAGCACAGAUCAGUGAUUCCUACGUCAUAACACACAUGAACGCCUCUUUCGUCAUAACUCAGAUCAACGAUUCUUACGCCAUAACACAGAUCAGUGAUUGCUACCUCAUAACUCAGAUGAACGUCUCUUUCGUCAUAACUCAGACCAAUGAUUCUUACGUCAUAGCACAGAUCAGUGAUUCCUACGUCAUAACACACAUGAACGCCUCUUUCGUCAUAACUCAGAUCAACGAUUCUUACGUCAUAACACAGGUCAGUGAUUGCUACCUCAUAACUCAGAUGAACGUCUUUUUCGUCAUAACUCAGACCAACGAUUCUUACGUCAUAGCACAGAUCAGUGAUUCCUACGUCAUAACACGCAUGAACGCCUCUUUCGUCAUAACUCAGAUCAACGAUUCUUACGUCAUAACACAGAUCAGUGAUUGCUACCUCAUAACUCAGAUGAACGUCUCUUUCGUCAUAACUCAGACCAAUGAUUCUUACGUCAUAGCACAGAUCAGUGAUUCCUACGUCAUAACACACAUGAACGCCUCUUUCGUCAUAACUCAGAUCAACGAUUCUUACGUCAUAGCACAGAUCAGUGAUUGCUACCUCAUAACUCAGAUGAACGUCUUUUUCGUCAUAACUCAGACCAACGAUUCUUACGUCAUAGCACAGAUCAGUGAUUCCUACGUCAUAACACACAUGAACGCCUCUUUCGUCAUAACUCAGAUCAACGAUUCUUACGUCAUAACACAGAUCAGUGAUUGCUACCUCAUAACUCAGAUGAACGUCUCUUUCGUCAUAACUCAGACCAACGAUUCUUACGUCAUAGCACAGAUCAGUGAUUCCUACGUCAUAACACACAUGAACGCCUCUUUCGUCAUAACUCAGAUCAACGAUUCUUACGUCAUAACACAGAUCAGUGAUUGCUACCUCAUAACUCAGAUGAACGUCUUUUUCGUCAUAACUCAGACCAACGAUUCUUACGUCAUAACACAGAUCAGUGAUUCCUACGUCAUAACACACAUGAACGCCUCUUUCGUCAUAACUCAGAUCAACGAUUCUUACGUCAUAACACAGAUCAGUGAUUGCUACCUCAUAACUCAGAUAAACGUCUCUUUCAUCAUAACUCAGACCAAUGAUUCUUACGUCAUAGCACAGAUCAAUGCAUCUUACGUCAUAACUUAG